AUGACAACCCCAUCUCAUGUCGAGAAUUAUGACCCUUCCAAUUUCUGGACUACCCCAGCACGAAACUUCCGGACGUCUGCUCGCUUGCACCUGCAGCAUUUUCUUUUCCAAAACACCAUUGGGUUCCUUAUCGAGCCUUCCAUUGAGGAACACUUGGCCACCUUGUCGCAGCCUCUGAAGAUCGCCGACCUGGCCUGUGGCAAUGGUGUCUGGCUGACGGAGCUGCACACCCAUUUGGGGGACAAAGUCUCAGCGCAGUUAGAUGGCUUCGACAUCAAUCCUGUGAAUUUCCCAGCGCCCGCCUUUCUGCCUGCUUCGGUGAAGCUACAACAGCGUGAUGUCCUUGCGGAGCCUCUCUCAGCUGAGAUGAUCGGGACGUACGACGUGGUCCACAUCCGCGCCUUUGUGAGUAUUGUGCCCGAUGGUAACGUUGGACCUAUCCUCGCUGUAGCCUCGAAGCUUCUGAAGCCUGGUGGGUUCAUCCAGUGGGACGAAUCAAGAGGCGAUAUCUGGAUGGUCGAGUCGCCUUCUCCGCAGGUCUCCACGUCAGCCUGCGAGAGCAUUGUGCAGGUGCUAUGGAGCGGCCAAAAGGCAAGGAAUAUCAGCGAUAAAUGGGUGGAAGGCCUUGACAAACUUCUGGAUAAAUCUGGGUUUCAAGACUCACGUCUACUUGCACGUGAGAAAAGAAAGCAGGACUAUAAGGGCUGGACGGAGGACUAUCUCAUUGUGUGGGAGGAAUUGGCUUCGUAUUUCCCCACCAAGUCAGAAGCACCAGAUGCGCCGCUGUCGCGCGAGUCAUGGCUUGAUAUGUUUGCGGCGGCCGUGCGAGAGACGGAACAAGGUGUUGCGGUGCACCAGGGACGAGUCUUUGUUGCGGUGGGCCAGAAACCCUACUAA